GCCAGAGGAGCUAGAGUCCACGCAAGUCCAAGUCUUGGACGGAGCUGCCGAACUAUGGUUGUUCCCGGAUUGUCGCCGGUUCUACGAAGGGCUGUGCAUUUUGCUCAGAGCUUCAGUCGGUGUCGCGUGACACGUGACAUUUGGAGGUCCGAUCAGUGCCGAGCAUUCAAUAGAAAACCUGAGGUAUUUGACAGCGACAUCGUCAAGAAGCCGCGACCAAAAACGGAGCCAGUGCCGAAGAUCACGCUCGUGUCACUAGACAACUCGGUCUCCGUGACUGUGCUAGAGGAAGCUCAGCGUCUAGCGAAACGCCGCAACCUCACCCUCGUUAAGGUCAACGAUCUCGAGAACAAAACGCAACGACCGCUCUACAAGCUGGUAAACAGCACUGAUGACAUCCUCGAGGACACCGAGGAGAAGGAGGAUACCAAGAGUGCCGAAAAGUCGAGUAAGGGUACUAAACUGCUCUACGUAUCUGCUAAAAUCACCGAACAUGACCUACAGACGAAGACAAAGAACGUGGUGAGACUGUUGAAAAAGGGGCACAAAGUCAAAAUCGUCAUCACUCUGGACGGCUCUGAUGGGGAUAAGAUGCAAACAGUCAUAGAAGAUGCAGUAAAAAAUGACGGCAGUGUCCAACGAAUGCCGUCGAAGAAGAGUGUUAUUUUAUUCUUAAUAAGUCCCUUACAUAAAAACGAAAAGAAUUCUGUAGAUAAUAAAAACGAGAUUGGUAGCACUAGUAGUUAGUAAGGGAUAAUACGUGCAUGUAAGAUUCGGUGAAUGUGAUAAAUAUGGACAUUAUGGACAGAUAAUAAUUUGUUGGCGAGUGAAAAAAAAAUAAAUCCUUCAAAUUAUUAAAAUAAUAAAAUAACGUGUGUGCAUAUUUAUAUAUGUAUAUAAUGUCUGUAUAUACGUAAUGUGUAUAAAAUAUGUUUAUCUUAGUGGUUAUAUUAUAUUUAUUUUGAAUAUAUUAUAACGAUUUUACAAAAGAAUAACAGGUAAAUAGCCCUUUUUGUACCAUACCUACAAUUCCAUUAUUGUCAAUGAAGAGAAUUCCAUGUUAAUAAAACUUCUCAUUACGCGU